AUGGAUGUCACGGACCAGGUAUCAAUCCCCCUGGCCUUGCGUAGUCAAGUAACUUCGUGCUCUAACCGAUUCUCUGGUCAAGCACAGAUCGACUACAAUCUCGAUCUCGCAAAAAAGGAAUCUUUCAAAACGGGCUUCUACCAAUUAAAACCCGACCAACCAAACUUCGGCUUCAAAUUCGAUUGGGAAACCAUCCCGGGUCACCUAUACCCUCCACUCACAAAUCCAAAUAGCAAGCUACCCCAAGAGAUACUAGACCAAAUCCCCAAACGACUAUUAUUAGCUGCACAUUUAGCACAGUACCUUCGACUCUUAUUGCUCGAUCAGCAAGGAUUUACCUGCUCUGCUGGCGUUUGUAACUCAAAACUUACGGCAAAGCUAGCAGGUACAAUCAACAAACCCUCUGCGCAGACUUUACUACUGCCUGAUUAUAUACAAGAGUUUCUAGACGAUCUCGCGGUGUUAAAUAUUCCAGGUAUUGGGAGUAAGACCGGGCGGAUUAUUCGCGAUCUUGUAAGGUCACGAAAGGAAAUCGAAGAAGCAAAGGGCCAAGUAACAACAGAAGAAGUCGAGGCAGGCAACGAUGUGCAAAACUACAAUACGGAGACGUUCGACCUUGAGCCUGAUGUCGAGAACGAAGGGCUAGCGGAGGAUGAGAUCGAGCGCCUUCAGCAGGCUGGAAAAGAUGGUUUUAUGGAGGCAUAUUACAACGACUCCGACGUUAAAACCAAAGUCAUAGAAGCUCGGACUAUGCUGUCAAGACAGAAACUCGAUGAGCAUCUUGGAAACAUGCCCCCGGGUGCUGGGAGGGUGUGGGAGUUGCUACACGGUAUUGAUAACACUGAAGUUGCCAAAGCCACCCUGGUGCCUACGCAGGUAUCAAUAGAGGAUACAUUUCGCUCCGGAAUAGUAACCCAAGACACUCCCGUCGAUCAAUUGGAGUCUAUACUAGCCCGUCUCUCGAUAACCCUCGUUCGCAGACUCAAAGCUGACCUCCUAACUACCACUACCAUCUCAAUCCCAGAUGACUAUUCCCAAGUUGACAUUAGCCAACUAGGGCAACCUCCUGCUAAGAAAUGGCAAGCCUUCCCGAAGACACUGAGACUGUCAACAAGAGAUAGGCAUACAACAAAGUAUCCAAGCAGGAACUCAAAGUCAGCACCAAUGCCCAAUUUCGUAUUUUCGCUAACCACAAGAAUUGAGGAGACGGCACGAAGGCUGGCGAAGGAGGCCCUAGUGCCACUUUUUAAGAGAUUGCAUAGCUCGGACACAUGUAAUGGACCAAGAUACGACCUUGCAUUAAUCAAUGUGGCGGCCAUAAAUAUGGGUAGUGGAGAAACGGGCGUGGAAGGUGGCGAUGUGGCAGCGAUGUUCAAGCGCUAUAGUGAAGUUUUCCCAGAAGGUGACCAAGAAAGAAAGAGGCCAUUUGAAGAGACACAGAGAAUUGAGUUACAAAAACAGUCGAUGGAAGAAUAUUCUGGGGCCGGUGUGAAAGAAGAGGAAGAAGAAGAAGAAGAGGACAUAGAAGAAGGAUUUCUGUCUGACGAUGGGUUCUCUGAUGGGGCGGCGUCCGACGAAGGAAGCCAAGAGGUCGUUUGCAAGAAGUGCCAUGCAAGGCUGCCGAUAUUUGCGAUCGGUGCCCAUGAAAGAUUUCACAAGCAGAUGGAUGAUAGAUAA